AUGAACUUUGUGGGUGAGAAAAAGCCUCUGUCCCCCUGCCCCGUCCCCGCCCGCAGGGAGAGCCUGGCGGAGUGCGCGGCGCGGGAGGCGCUGGAGGAGGCGGCGCUGCCGCUGCGCAACCUGCGCUUCGCCUCCGCCGUGAACGCGGCGUGCGCGGCCGCGCGGUACCACGGCGUGACGCUGCUCAUGAAGGGCGAGGCCGCGCCGGGCGCCGAGCCCCGGAACCGCGAGCCCGACAAGAACGAGGGUUGGGAGUGGGUUAAAUGGGAUGAAUUUCCUCCAGCAGACCAGCUGUUCUGGCCCUUACGCUGCUUAAGAGAGCAGGGUUACAAUCCCUUCACAGAAGAGCUCGAUCAUCUAAAGGGAUACACGGGAAGCCACCAACUAGGAUAA